UGGAUAUGGAUGUGGAUGCCUCGUGCGCUCUGAUCUUUGGCGUGGAGAGGCUGCACUCAGCGGCGCACAAGGUGGCCAAAUGAAUCACAGCCCUCCAGGCUCGUCCAGCGUCCAAUGGCUUAACAGGAAAGACAUGAGUGUCCGAACGGAGGAAAGCAUCAGCUUGUGCCAAAGGGCCCUUCAGAUCGUUACGGAACUCUGUCUAGCGGGCCAUGUCGAUCGAGAGAAAUGUUCGGAUAUAUUUCCCUUGGAGAGCAACAUACCAGGUAAAGGGAGCAGAGACAUCUCUGUCAGUCUCCUUGCUGUCGUCGUCGGUUUCUGUGGGCUCGCCCUGUUGGUAGUCUCUCUCUUUGUCUUUUGGAAGCUGUGCUGGCCCAUCUGGAGAAGCAAAGCACUGUCGUCCCAUGCCGACAAUGGUCACCGUGUCGGGUUCCCAGAAGCCCCUUCACCAGCCCUCCCGCCCAUCAUACCCCAUGAAAAGAUGGCAGCUGUGGAGGGAGAGAAGAAGCCGACUGUGCCAGGGACAAAGGUGAAUGGGCGUAGCAGCUCUAUCAAGCUUCUGGAGGCAGCCAUGAAGAUCAGCCAGACAUCCCCAGAUAUCCCUGCAGAGGUGCAGAUGGCCCUGAAGGAGAGGUUUGGCCAGCAGGCUAAAAUCCAGAGGCAGACAACAGAGCCCACCUCCUCCUCCAGGCACAAUUCAUUCAGGCGCCACCUGCCACGGCAGAUGAAUGUUACAAGUGUGGACUUCAGCAUGGACGCGCUUCCCAUCCGCCAAUCCUCCACAGUAAGCAUUGGUCGCAUUAAGCCUGAGCUCUACAAGCAGAAGUCAGUCGACUCUGAGGAUGGAAACAAAGAGCCUGUGGAAACUUGUGGGAAACUGAGUUUCUCGCUUCUCUACGACUAUGAGGAACAGGCACUGGUGGUCACAAUCCUUAAGGCUCUGGAACUGCCAGCCAAAGACUUCACUGGCACCUCUGACCCUUAUGUCAAGAUCUACCUGCUGCCCGAUAGAAAAAAGAAGUUUCAGACACGUGUCCACCGCAAAACACUUAACCCCACGUUCGAUGAGGCUUUCUGCUUUCCUGUGGAGUACGACCAGCUGUGCAACCGCAAACUGCACUUCAGUGUCUACGACUUCGACCGAUUUACCAGCCACGACAUGAUCGGUGAGGUGGUGGUGGACAACCUUUUCGAGCUUUCCGACCUCUCAAGGGAAGCGGUGGUGUGGAAGGACAUUCACACUGCAACCACGGAAAGUGUGGAUUUGGGGGAGAUCAUGUACUCUCUAUGCUACCUGCCCACUGCAGGACGGAUGACCCUGACCGUCAUCAAGUGUCGAAAUCUAAAAGCUAUGGACAUUACUGGCUCCUCAGAUCCCUAUGUAAAGGUUUCUCUGCUCUGUGAUGGACGGAGACUGAAGAAGCGGAAAACCACCACCAAGAAAAGCACACUGAACCCGGUGUACAACGAGGCCAUCAUCUUUGACAUCCCCCCGGAGAACGUGGAGCAGGUCAGCCUUUCCAUCAUGGUGAUGGACUAUGACCGGGUGGGUCACAACGAGGUGAUAGGUGUAUGUCGGACAGGGCCAGAUGCUGAAGGUCUGGGGCGGGACCACUGGAACGAGAUGCUAGCCUACCCACGCAAGCCUAUCACACACUGGCAUGCCCUGGGAGAGGUAGAGGACUGUUCACUUUUUUUUCUCAAAUGGCCAGGAAGAGCAACGAGCUUCGAGAGCCAGGGGUCCUGUCCGUCCCCCAAACGUCCACUGACUCCGUAGGGACACAAAGGACCUGUUUGACCUGACUGCUGAUGAACUGGAUUUGUACAGCUAUAGUAACAACAAUGUUGUCCCAAUCCUUGGCUGAAAAAAUAGCAAAGCACUCUCCCCCCCCGUUUCACUUAAAACCUAAUGGAUGGGGUUGAAGAAAUUGUUUAGUUUAACUUAGUCCAUCAGGCAUUUAUAAGUUAUAUUCUCUAUAUAUCAUUAAUUUAUAAGUGCAAAAGUCUAAGUAACAACUGAGGAUUCUGUCGGUAAAGACAUUUCCAGGGUCAACUUCUGAAUCAUCCAGGUGACACCAUCUUAGAAGGCGUUUAAUUAUUUAUUGUGUUCUACUGUAAGUAUCCAGGAACGCUGACAAUGAAGUCCUUCUCAUCUUUGAUCAGAUUUUAUUGUAAUUGACACAAACAACAUUGGCAAUUAAGCUUUGAAAUGAAACUUUUGAAAUGAAACUUUGGAGAAUCAGUGAUAACCCAAGGGGGAUCGAUCCCAAAAUCGGGUUUGUGUCUUGAAUAAUGAUAUCACAAUGCAUUCUCUAAUCUACUGUCCUUACUUCAGUAAUCUUAAUCACAGAACAUACAGUAUUGUAUUGCUGUACUAGAUUAGAAAAUGUUUUGUAUUCUUACAGAUUCACACAAUAUUGUGAAUCUGUAAGAACACGCAACUCAGAUUGAACAGUUUGAACUAUCAGAAUGAUUUUUCCCUUCCUGUGCAAGCUGCUUAGUAUAGAAUGAGGGAAAACAUUUACUUGACCUCAGAAGAGUUUUAUGUAUUCUACAUUGUGAAAGAAAAGCAUCAUAUCAGAUGCAAUGGCAUUGUACUUUCUUACAGAAUAGCAUAAAAAUACAGCUAAACUUUGUACAAAACCUCAACAUGUCAGGACCUAAAUAUGGGAAAGCUAAACAUUAUGCAAAUCUUUGGCAAAAUGGCAGUCCGUUUGACUAGUGAGGCUCACUAUAGCUUCCAGCUCCUACUGGAAUGGUUGUAGAUACAUAGCGUCCUGUCAGUCAGCAACUACAUGUUGAGUCACACUGGGCAAGUCAGGCGAUAUUGUUAACAUUGGCCAUAACAAGCAGCUGUAGUACCAGAACUUAGAUUUUUUGUCCGAAAUUAUUUUAAAAUUGCAUUAGUAUUGGACUAAGGUGGUGCUUUAACUGGGGUGGGGAUUGAGUUUGCUCGGGCCAUUGCUCAGUAAUGAUAAUGAAAACAAACUGUCAAAACCUGGCCACAAUUGACACAUGAAACAUUUAUCAUUUUCAGUUGGCAAGCAUACUGUCUAAUUUUUCACCAGACAGAAUAUUUAAAUAACUGGUGCAGUCUUAAAUAAAAGGAUUGGAAUUGACACAAGUAUUAUUACUACUGGAUUUUGUAGUAGUCCCACCUAGCUAUCUUAAGAGAAAUGCACUAAAUGUAGGUCGCUCAGGAUAAGAGUAUCAGCUAAAUGACUGUACAAUUUGAAAUAAUUGUGUUGAAAACAUCCUCACACACUUCAGUUGACACAUAUUUAAUACUUAAUGUGGCAACUUCACAGGUUUUAUUAGUACAAUUUCAAACCAAGUUAGGCAAGUUUUUGUUUGGGGUUGACUGAGAUUAGAGCAACAGUAGCCAAAUAAUGUAGCAAUGUGCUUUCAAUUCUCUUGUUUGAAAUGAUAGAGAAGCAUUGAUGCAACACACGAUUGAAAGUAUAAGUUCUAUUUUAUGUAAUUACAUUCUUAUUUUUUAAAGCUAUUAAAACAUAACAGACUAAAAUCUAACACAGCUGCUACACAGGAGGUUGGAUUAACUGGAAUCCAAGCUCCUGGCUAGAUUCCACUAAACUAUAUAACCUUGCACAGUUUUUACAUUUUGCUGCUUUAAAACCUCCAUGCUGUCUUUUCAAUUUUAUUUUAAAAUCCUGACUGUAUGUUUAAUAUAUUACGUGCUUUUAUCUGAGCCUCUUAUCACACUUGGUCUGUGGACUUUAGGAAAUAAUCUCCAUGCUCAGGCCUGAAUUGGUUGGUCUAGUGCCCACCCCAUUACACAAAGGAACAGUCAUUUGUCUACUGAUGCGGUGAAGAGGUCACUGGAAAGCAAUAGCCAGCUGAAGGCCACACAUCCUGUGUAGGCAGACAUUAGACAUUGCCUGUUUAAAUUUGGGAUGGUUUUUCCCCUUUGAUUGGUAAUUAUACUAAGGAAAUGCAUGGUGACUUUAUAGCCUGGAGGUGGUUGAAAAAGCCAGAUAUUUGGCAAAACCGGAUGAAGUGGUGCUUGAUGUGUCCUUUUACGAUGGAAAACCUGUAGAAAUGAUCCAACUAAAUGGCCAGAAGUGACUUACCCUGGCAUCUACUCUUAAUUAAAUCUCUGGGUAAGUUAUCCUAAUUGCAUCCCUGUAGUUUCAACAUUCUCUAAGCUGCUUUACUUUGUUUGCCUUAAAACCAAAUUAAAAUAUCAUAUUACCAUAAUAUAAUAAUUUAGGCAGAGGCUAAUGUAAACAGAGAGACAGACCACGUGAUGUAACAUUAAUAAUUUACUGUAGCUAGCUAUUUCACUGUAGUUUACUGUAACAAUCUAUCUAGCUAAUGUUAGCUAGCCCUUUUAGGAGGAGCAUUGCUAUUCCUUAAGUGCCAAAAACUUGGUAAGUUUAUAGCUGAACAAAUGUGUAGCACUAUAGUUUCAUCAUUAAGACUUAAGACUCUUAAUGCUAUUUUUUUUUUUUUACUGUUGUCAUGGACCUACACAUCCUCUUCAAUGAAAAGUUACAGGUCUUUUGUUAGCAGGUUGUUUAACAUCGUGAAACUACAGUUGCUGAGUUAAAGUGAAGCUGUCCUGGAAAGUAUCAGACACACCCCAUCUCCUAUUUGCUUGUCGUGAAGGGUAAAAUAGCAAUUGCUACUGCCUAUUGCAACUGCAUUCCAGGCUGUGUAAUACACAGGGCAACAGAAAAUAAAUUGUGUGCAGGUUAAUAUUUGACUCAUCCGUUGUCAUCAAAAUAUACAGUCAGAAGAACCAACAGGUACAGAAGCUUUGGACAGUCUAGGGCAAACAUCAUGACCAGGAUGCAAGUGACACCAACGUUGCGAUCGAAGCUUGGGCCGUGCAAAUGUGAACACUUCAAAACACAUCUACGUGGAUCAAAAAUGUCAAUCUCACAUCAACUCAGAACAAAAACAGCAAAAACAGGAAUCAGGAACAUCCCAAAAUCAUGCCAUUUGUGGAAGCGUUUUUACGAUGGAUGUGUCCUGUGAUUGUUGUGGACAACGAGUUCUGGAGGCCAGAUUACCCUACAAUUGGGGACAAGCCCCAGACUGGACAGUUCAACUGUGGUUGCAGGACAGCAAGGGGCACCUAGAAAGUGGCACACCUCUCCAUUCUUUCAACACACAGGUAGGAUCCUAUCACAGUAUUUAAAACAACCUAAUGAAUAUGCCAUAAUAUUAACAGUGUCUGGAGGGUCUCAUGGACCAAUAUGGAAAAACAUUAAGUAAUAAUUAAUGCUUUACUACAGGUGAAGAUGCAGAUUAUUUUUUCGCAAGGCGGCAUUGGGAUUUCAUCACCGGGAAUCUACGAAACUGCGUGAUCUUCAAAGUCAACAAAGAUUAUGAUUUCAUCGGUCAUUCUAUCAAGAUAAUGACUGUCUUAUGGGCUAGGCACAUUUUCCCCGGAUUGACAAAGACACAGGGAUGUACAGGUGAGUGCUACAAAGGUAUAAUUUAAUUUAAAUUACAAUUAUUUGAUCAAGACUUGGAAAAUAACGUGCCAAAAUAAAACCCUACGUACAUCAAGUAGUCAAACAUUGCAGAGAAUCAAUAAAUUAUUUUUAAAAAAAAGAAUAUGUGUGCGUUUGUUUCAAAACAUUGUCAGGGCCUGACUCCAACCCCAGUGGUGAUGAAAAUACAGGAAGCAUGACAGGCCACAGUAUUGCAGGCAUCAGGGCCGCAGUGGCAAGGAACAUCCACAACAGUCCAGGAAGUAGCAGUGCAGUGAAACAGUACUGUAACUGACAAGGGCUGCCAGAAAUGGGAAAUCUUUAGACUAACAAGAUUUGCCAGUUACAGCAUUGCACUUGCAGUCUGAUAACAUAUGAUAGUAAACGCCUCAUAUUGAUGAAAAUGGCGUUUCAGGGCGACAAAUAUCUGGUUUUCUAUUGAAAGAUGGGGAAGUGAUCAGUGGUCUUCACAAAUGGUUCCAUAAACUAAAUUAAAGCUACAGGCAAACUAAGACUUGUGGUGGGGGAAUCACUUUUGGUCUGGCCAUCACUUCUGGCUGGUGUUCAUGUUGGGGAAUUUCUUCUGGUUGGUAAUAUUGGAUCUUGGGGCUUCCCUCUGGUGGUCCCCCUUCUGGUGGCCAUUUUUUAGGACAGUGUUUGCAUUUUUAUCUUAUUAUUUAUCUUUUAUUGUUGUAACACUGGACAAUGGAGGGACUAAGCUGGGUUAAUGCAACACAUUGCUCUUAGAUCAUGCAACAUAAAACAAUGUAGCUAACAAUACAAUACAGACAUGUGCAGUUAACAUUACUGAUAAACAAUGGUCUAGAUUCCAAUCUGCUAGCUACUUAAUUUUUUUUGUCAUAUGCCUUCACACAUUUAAAUAUACUAGCUAAACCAAACGUUAGCAUCUCCAUUUGGCUCAAUGGCAUAAUGUAGCUACUCUAAGUGCUACUGUAGCUGUAUGAGUGCUGAGUGACACUGCAGUCUUAAAAACUGAACAGUUAGAAACUAAGUUUGUAAGUUGAAAUCUAGUUUAUCAUGUACUAAAUAUAUCUAAUAUCUAAAUAUUGUGUUACUGAACAUGACCUGUUUUUAAAUGUUUACCUAUACACACUUGCUGCAGGGACCCCAGAUAAUGUCUAAAAGUGGGAGUCUAGUGGCAACAUUUGCCCCCACAUUGGAUGUGGCUUUCAGCAUUCUAUUUUGUUUCAAUAAACUCUUUACUGUAUCUUUUAAAAAAGAUGUGACAAGAUCCAUCCUACUUGGCAGAAAAAAAGAACAUGUAAAAUUGGGCAGCAAAAUGUCAAGACUGUUCAAGCGUUAUGUAGACUUAAACUGUCACCUAUAACAUUAUUGCUUGAAUACCACAAAGUGUAACAAGACAUUUGGAACUCAAUUCCAAUUCACUCCACUUCUAGCCCAGUUUGUAAAAGCAUAGUGUUUCGAACACCAGUGUGGUGUGUUCUGUUCCUGCAGGGGUCAAGUAAGAAAAAGUAUGAAAAUAUAAACACUAACUACUGUAAGUCACUCUGUCUCAGAGUGCCUGCUACAUUCAAUGUAAUUUGUGACAAGAACGUAUUGAGCUAGUUUUCUUCUGUAGUGAAUGUCACUUCUGAACAUGGCCCUCAUGUGCAACAUAACAUUGCAAUAUUGUGAUUAGAGGCGGUUUUCUUUUUUGGAAGGCUUUCAUGUUACCUCGGAAGGUGCAACAACUGAGACAUCCACAAGUUCAUACUAUAAAAUUGUUUUCAGAUAAUACUAAUCUUGUAAAAAAAAGUGUUAAUCUCAAUUAAUGUCCUAUAGUGUGAAUAAACCAUAGCGCUCUCUUCCAGACAUCAAUGCAACCAUUAUUUAUUUUAUUUACCAUUUAUUUAACCAUGAAAUCCUUCGAGACCCAGAGUCUCUUUUAUAAAUGAGU